AUGGCGAAAUCCAGAGGUCGUUUAUAUGCCUGUCUGUGCUUGGCCGCAGUGCUGGUGUCUUUCUUGGUGGGAUUGCUAGCAGGCUGGUUUAUAAACAAGCCUCUCCGAGAAACACCCACGUCCCAUCAAAGUGUGCGCCAGGAACUGGUAUCCGAAAUGAACGCUGAAAACAUUAAAUCGUUCCUCCGUUCCUUUUCAAAGGUACCCCACCUGGCAGGAACAGAACAAAAUUUAUUGCUUGCCAAGAAAAUCCAAACGCAAUGGAAGGAAUUUGGACUAGACUCAGUCAAGUUGGUUCCUUAUGAUGUUCUCUUAUCUUACCCUAAUGAGACAAAUGCCAACUAUAUCGCCAUUGUGGAUGAACAUGGGAAUGAGAUUUUCAAAACGUCAUACCAUGAACAGACACCAGAUGGAUAUGAGAAUGUUACAAAUGUUGUACCACCAUAUAAUGCUUUUUCAGCACAAGGCUCACCAGAGGGAGAACUUAUAUAUGCCAACUAUGCUCGUACGAAAGAUUUUUUCAAAUUACAAAGAGACAUGAACAUUAACUGCACUGGAAAGAUUGUGAUUGCAAGAUAUGGGAAAAUCUUCAGAGGAAAUAAAGUUAAGAAUGCCAUGUUGGCGGGAGCUCUUGGGAUCAUCUUGUACUCAGAUCCGGCUGACUACUCUGCCCCUGGAGCACAGCCCUACCCCAAAGGAUGGAAUCUCCCUGGAACUGGAGUUCAGAGAGGGAAUGUGUUAAAUUUGAAUGGCGCUGGUGACCCACUUACUCCAGGAUAUCCAGCUAAAGAGUACACCUUCAGGCUUGAUGUGGAAGAAGGAGUGGGGAUCCCCAAAAUCCCUGUACAUCCCAUUGGCUAUGAUGAUGCGGAGAAAAUACUACGUUACAUGGGAGGACGGGCUCCACCAGAGGACAGCUGGAAGGGAAGCCUUAAUGUGAAUUACAAUAUUGGGCCUGGCUUUAGAGGGAAUGAUUCAUUCAGGAAGAUUAGAAUGCAUGUUCAUAAUAUCAACAAAAUUACAAGGAUUUACAAUGUAAUUGGAACUAUCAGAGGGUCUUUGGAGCCUGAUAGGUAUGUUAUUGUGGGAGGUCAUCGGGAUGCCUGGGUACUUGGAGGCAUUGACCCCACCAGUGGAGCUGCUGUUUUGCAAGAAGUUGUCCAGAGUUUUGGAAAACUGAUGAGUCGAGGCUGGAGACCUAGAAGAACUAUCAUUUUUGCUAGCUGGGAUGCAGAAGAAUUUGGACUUCUAGGUUCUACAGAAUGGGCAGAGGAAAAUGCAAAAACACUUCAGGAGAGAAGCAUUGCUUAUAUCAACUCAGAUUCAUCUAUAGAAGGCAAUUAUACUCUCAGAGUUGAGUGUUCGCCCCUUCUUUACCAACUGGUGUAUAAACUGACAAAAGAGAUCUCCAGCCCUGAUGAUGGUUUUGAAGGUCAGUCUCUUUAUGAAAGCUGGUUGAAAAAGGACCCUUCACCUGAAAAUGGAAAUGUCCCUAGGAUCAACAAACUGGGCUCUGGGAGUGAUUUUGAAGCUUAUUUCCAGAGACUUGGAAUUACCUCAGGCAGAGCUCGUUACACUAAAAACAGGAAAACAGAUAAAUACAGUAGCUACCCAGUCUACCACACGAUUUAUGACACGUUUGAAUUGGUAGAGAGAUUCUAUGACUCAACCUUUAAGAAACUGCUGUCUGUGGCUCAGUUACGAGGAACACUGGCAUAUGAGCUUGCAGAGUCGAGAAUCAUUCCUUUCAACAUUCAAGACUACGCAAAAGCUUUGGAAAACUAUGCAAAGAAUAUCCACAAUUUAUCCAAGAGGCAUGACAAGCAGUUGCAAGACCAUGGGGUAUCGUUUGAUUCCUUAUUUUCUGCUGUCAGAAACUUCUCAGAGGCUGCUUCAGAUUUUCACAAAAGACUCUCAGAAAUUGAUCUUAAUAACCCUAUUGCAGUGAGAAUCAUGAAUGAUCAACUGAUGCUUCUGGAAAGAGCGUUCAUCGAUCCUCUUGGCUUACCAGGGAGGCCAUUCUAUAGGCACAUCAUCUCUGCUCCAAGUAGCCACAACAAAUAUGCUGGAGAAUCAUUUCCUGGGAUCUAUGAUGCUAUGUUUGAUAUUGAAAAUAAAGCAGACCCUCAUUCUGCAUGGAAAGAAGUAAGGAAACAAAUAUCUAUUGCAGCCUUUGUAGUUCAAGCUGCAGCAGGGACGCUAACGGAAGUGCUGUAGCAAGGUCUCCAACAAGUGGCACUUUACAACAUUGAAAGUGCUCUUGAAAAUUUGAUGACAAAAUUCAUCUUUUUUGGAUAACUCAUAAAGCCAGUGUUUGAAAAUUUUCCUUUUUAUGUCAUCGUUUGAUCUCAGACUUCUUACUGUUUAUCUGCAAAGAGAUUUUUGGCUCUUUAAAAAAUGGAUGAAUAAAUCACCAACUGUUAGUCUAACAUAACACCAAAAUAUUCCAGACGUGGUAGAAAGAAAUGAAAAUACUAAAAUAAAAUAUGGUGAGGAA